UUACCCGCAUCUCGGAAACAACGGUCCGCGAGCUAUUGUUUCAGACGCUUCACCAUGUCACAAUUCCUUAGCUACCUCCUCAUCCUCUCCUUCUUCUUCUUCAUCAACUCCUUAGGCACCAAUUCUAGACCUUUGUUAGCAAUAUGCGAGCCACACCUCUGCGGUAACGUUAACAUCAGCUACCCUUUUUGGGUUCGUAAUGAAAUCGCCUCUGAUCAGCAAUAUUAUUGUGGCUACAAGGGGUUUGGCGUUAUGUGCCUGGACGGCGAGGCCGUACUUGAAUUACCCGGUGACCGGUACUACGUGAAAGAUAUAAAUUAUGCCGACUAUACCCUAACCCUUGUGGAUAUUGAUAUCACCACCAACCAAACGUGCCCAAGGGCACGUCAAAACGUUUCUCUAGAGACGCUACCAUUGAAAUAUUCUUCAGUGGAUUUGAAUCUCAGUUUUUACUUUAAUUGCACUUCCUACGCUCCAACUGUGCCUUCCAUCCAGUGCUUGAAUAUUGGUAGCUACCGGUCUUAUGUUUUUGUGGAGAAUAAUGAGACGGAGGGCUUUGAUUGGUCAAAGAAUUGCGAGGAGAAAGUGGUGGUGACAGUGAGACAGACUCAGAUCAAUAUGGAUAAUUUAACUGGUGGGUUUGGUGGGGCUAUGAAUGAUGGCUUUGUGCUUGAUUGGGAACGAGUUAAGGAUUGGGCUAUGAAUGAUGGCUUUGUGCUUGAUUGGGAAAGUGUUAAGGAUUGUGGUCCAUGUGAGAGGUCUGAAGGGUAUUGUGGAUACAACGCUACGGCUGAGGAGUUCUUGUGCUUUUGCAACGAUGGAAGCACACAUAGUAACAGCUGCAAAGGCCCCCCUAGCAGGACCAAAAAAUUGAAGCUGAUUAGAGGUGUUGCUGCUUCAGGAGUUGGAGUAUUACUAACCUGCAUCAUUAUUUUCUGGUUUAGAAGUAAAAGAUCAAUUAUUAAGUCAACAAAAUUUUGGACGAAGAAAACAAAGAAUGAGCAUGAUCUUGAGGCCUUCAUUAGAAAGUAUGGACCACUAGCUCUAAAUAGAUAUAAAUUCUUAGAAAUAAAAAAAAUGACCAACUCUUUUAGAGAUAAACUAGGUCAAGGAGGUUUUGGUGGCGUCUACAAAGGAAAGUUGCUUGAUGGUCGUCCUGUUGCUGUGAAGGUCCUUAAUGAAUCAAAAGGAAAUGGAGAAGAAUUUAUUAAUGAGGUUGCAAGCAUUAGUAGAACUUCACAUGUUAAUAUUGUCACACUCCUAGGAUUUUGUCUAGAAGGUCAGAAAAGAGCUCUCAUCUAUGAGUUCAUGCCCAAUGGAUCACUUGAAAAGUUCAUACAAGAUGGCAACCUUGAGAAAACCAAUUCGCAUUUGGGAUGGGAAAAAUUGUUCCAAAUUGCAAUUAGAAUUGCUCGGGGGCUUGAGUACUUGCACCGUGGGUGCAACACAAGAAUCUUGCAUUUUGACAUAAAACCACAUAAUAUCCUUCUGGAUGAAGAUUUUUGCCCAAAAAUCUCUGAUUUUGGACUCGCUAAACUUUGUAUAAGGAAUGAGAGUAACAUAUCAAUGACUGGUACCAGAGGAACAAUUGGGUACAUAGCUCCAGAAGUGUUUAGUAGGAACUUUGGUGGAGUUUCACACAAAUCUGAUGUUUAUAGCUAUGGAAUGAUGAUUUUGGAGAUGGCUGGAGGAAGAAAUAACAUUGAUGUUGGAGUAAGCUAGACCAGUGAAAUAUAUUUUCCACAUUGGAUUUAUAAGCGUCUUGAGCUGGACAACGAUAUAGGAUUUCUAAGUAAUAUGACAACAGCAGAAAAUGAAAUGGUGAGGAAGAUGAUCUUAGUGGGCUUGUGGUGCAUACAGACAAAUCCAUCUGAUAGGCCAUCCAUGAGUAAAGUGAUUGAAAUGAUAGAAGGAAACAUAGAAGCCUUGAAGAUCCCUCCAAAACCUUUCUUAUGUUCUCCUCCAAGAUCACUUGUAGAAGAAUCCUCCACCACAUCAAUGCUAUGAAAUUAUAUUUAUAGAAAAAUUUCUUCCUGUGUAAAUAUUGAUGUGUUGUUCUUGCUCCUUAGGUCUAAGUGUGACUAUGAACCUUUCUUAUAUAAAAGAGAGAGACUGUCUACUUCAUUGUC